UAAUAGGCUACGAAGCUCUCCCGUGCCUGUGCCUGUGCCUGUUAUUCCCGCUCCCAGCCAUCUCAUUUUCAGCUGUCGAGAAGAGGACCACACACACAAACCAAAAGAGCUGCCAGCCACCUCGAAGCAGCAGCGAUACCGCCCUCUAAUAAUAUCCAUUAUGGCCCCUCAUCGUGCUUUUCCCUGGACUUGUACUAACAGCCCGGCUUGAACGGUUGCUGCAACGCGCGCACUUGCAUGGCCAAGUACGUACAUGAGCUGUCGCAUCGGCUUCUGACAAUUGCUCCUCUUUUCCUUUCCAAGGUUCUCCUUGUUUUCACCUGUCACAUCUCCCAAGCACGAGUUCAGGCGGUGGGAAUCAAUAGUCUCAACAGAAACCAUCGUACGUCGAAGCUUUUUCUCAACGGCUUUUGCCCCCCCUGGUUCACGCCGCCCAAAAAAACUGACGCACAUGCAAGGGGAGGCCUGAAGAUUCAUUCGACCGACAUUCUCUCGACCAGAUUUCAUCAAUCAGUGCUCGACACGCUUCUUCCAGCAGUGGGGGCUUGGGCUCCGUGCACCGCAGCUGGUUGGGCGCUCAAGGUUGCAGCAGCAAGGCCAAGCAGACCUAGACCCAGGCUUUUGGGGGGGAAACCCGCAUCGAGGGCCCGGCAUCCGACAGGGCGGCUGGGGCUUCUCUUGUUUCUGAUCGUCUUCUGGUCUCUUUUGCCUUGUACCGGUACAUGCUGGAGAGACAGAAGGGGAACAUCAGACGGACAGUCAUCAAAGGACGCGGGACAAGGACCAGACGAGGAAGCGGUAGCUCCGCCGUCGUGCAUCAACCUCACCUAUCGGAACCAACGAGGCGACAGAGCAAGUCAGCUGUGGCCCCUGGGAGCUGAGUCUUGUUCGUUAUAUACCGACAUCUUGUUCCAAACGAUACUUGGACCAUAGACGAAGUGACAGACACAUGCAGACAUAGCCAUUGACCUUUUCGAAAUCCAUCCACGCAAUCAGCCAACGAUCAAAACUUCGUCCCCCCACCAUCCUCGAUACGCAGCAAGAGCCGAUUAUAUACCUAUACACAAUAAGGAGAGGUUGACAC